AUGCCGACUGUCCAUUGCAUCCGCGCGGUGGCACUAUUGUUUUACGGCAAUCUAACAGGUAACAUUGCGCUUCAAAUGGAAGCCCAUCGGUGGUAUGGAACAGCGUUAAGGAGCCUGAGGAGAAUCGUGCAGAAGGGAACAAUGAGCAACAGUCAGUCCAAUCCUCUAUCGACUGAUAGUCUGGUCUGGAAUGGCUGGGGAGUGUCUCUAGCCUGGUGGGCUAACAUAUUCGGAGACCGGGCAGACUUGGUAGAUGUUGUGUUUACCAGAAAUCCGACCUCUUGGAAUCCGGACGACGAGGCUCUUCCUGGCCUGGGGUUAAAAAUCUUACGUUACAACACAGGUGCUUGCUCAUGGAACACAAUCAACGACACCGUCAAGAUGGUAGCCUCGCCAAAUAUUCCCGCUGCCAAACAGAUCGAAGGGUACUGGUUGGAUGGAUUAAGCGCUGAUCCCAGUUCCUCUAGUUGGAACUGGACCGUGGAUGCUAACCAGCGCACAAUAAUGCUUAAUACAAAGAUCAGAGGUGCUAAUACCUUUGAGAUCUUCUCCAAUUCACCAAUGUGGUGGCAGCUCAGCAAUCUGAAUCCUAGCAGUGCCUCAGAUCGUACCAAAUAUACCCAGGAUAAUUGGGGUCUUAUAUUCACUUCCAUUGAGGCACUUAAUAAGCCGACGUCUCUUAUACCUAUCCUUCAGCAGGAAAUAAAGGCCCCUGGUCUGGAUCAGACUAUCAUCGCUGCCCCCGACAAGAACACAUUUGAGCUCGCCUUGGACGGAAAAACACUUGUGCUCGUUGCGGCAAACUGGAAUACCGAUCAGAAGUUCAACUUUGAUCUGUCGGCAUUCUCUCAGAUUCCGGCUGAUGGGGCCAAGGUCAGUAGCUGGUUAACUGAUACUGCUGGUAAUAAGCUCUACGAUAGGGAUGACAGUUUUACCGUUGAAAAAGGAGUGAUCUCGCUGUCAAUUGCGAAUAGUACUGCUCAGAUAUUCGAGAUAUCUGGCGUGGCCAUUUAG